UAGGACUACGCUCUCUCCCUGCCACCAGGCGGCCUGCCCCAGCCCUUCUCAGCCAUCUCCACACUCCUCUGACAGAAUGAAUGCCCUCGAUGGUGUCCCCUUCAAGGUGCCCAAGGGCUUUGUGAUAGGCAAAGAGCCCCUCCCUGGGCCAGAGCUCAGUGUCCCAGCCUGCAGGGAGCUUCUGCUGGGUUCUAUGCACGACUUCAGCCUGGAGCGGAGGACGCUCUUCUGGGUGGAAGCUGUCAUCCAGGGACCCUGCCCGUUCCAGUGCGAUGCCCCAGGGACAGCGUCAGCCCCUCCCGCCUGGCAUUUGCUGGUUAGCCCCGAACACGAGCUGGUGCCCGGGUCUGCCGCAGCCAAAGGCCCUGAGGCCGGGCCCCAGGAGCCGCUCAAGGAGGAGGAGGAGGACCAGGACGAGGAAGAAGCCUCCUCUGCCAGCGAGGAAGAGCCGGCUCCCUGCAGCCCCCAGCCGGGCUCCCCGGCGAGCCCCAGCCCCGGCCAUCGCGGGUGCUCCCUGGACGUGCUGAGCGGCGUGAGGUCGGAGCUGGCCGGGGCUCGGCGGCGGCUCUCCGAGGGCAGGCUGGCUGCCCGCCCCCGCGCCCUCCUGCACCGCAUCCGCCACCGGGCGCUGAGCCUCUGCCCCAGCCCCGCGCCGCCCCCUAGCCCUGCACUCCCGCUCCCCGGCGCGCCCGCGCCGCCCCUGCGGCCCUCCACUGCCGGCGCCAUGUCCCCGCUGCGGAGCCACAAGCCCACGGUCGCGUCCCUCAGCCCGUACACCUGCCUGCCACCUCCUGGGGGGGCGCCCCAGCCUCUCAACGCCCACAGAUUACACCCUGAUUCUGCUGACCUGCUGUCUGCCCUGAGCCAGGAGGAGCAAGACCUCAUCGGGCCAGUGGUCGCCCUGGGGUAUCCCCUGCAUAGGGCCAUCGGGGCUCUGCAGAAGACAGGGCGGCAGAGCCUGAGCCAGUUUCUAAGCUACCUUAGCGCCUGUGACCGGCUGCUGCAGCAGGGCUACAAGGAAGACUUGGUGGAGGAGGCCAUGGAGAUGUUCCAGUUCUCCGAGAGCCAGGCAGGGGAGUUCCUGCGCCUCUGGGAACAGUUCAGCGACAUGGGCUUCCAGCAGGACCGGAUCAAGGAGGUGCUGCUGGUCCACAGCAACCACCGCGAGCAAGCCCUGGAGGAGCUGGUGGCCUGUGCCCAGUGACUGCUGGGGCCUUCUGCAAUGCCCGUGCCUCCCAGUCCUGUGCCAGACCUGGCGAUCCAUUCAAACUGUAUUAAGACCACAUAAGAAUAACAAAGUGAUGCACGCUCAUGGUAAAAAUGCGAACAAUGCCAAGGGUGGGAGUAAAUACACAGGGGAGGCAAAACUUGACCCAUCUUAGGUUUUCAGCUGGGGCUCUUUAACAAAAAGACAGAUUAACAAGAG